GGGGCUGUAGCCCCCCUUGCCCACCCUUGGCGCCACCACUGCCAUGAAUAACGAAAGCAAGUGCCAAGAAAUUUCAAAUUGACGGAAAGGGCAUGCUCGAAAAGACAGCCUCGUUCUAUAACCAAAUCAGAGACGUUGCCGAGCAACUGCCAGUGGUAGAAAAUGGCGGACAGUCCUGACAGCCAAGAUGAUGAUGUUUCAAGCUCGAAAACAGAGGGAGGCGAUAUUUUAAAGGUGAAACGAGCCUCAAAUAAACAUAGCACAAGAAGAUUAUCACUUAAUGAGGGUGAUCAUUUUAUCAAUAGAAUGGAUCAGCUGAAUGAUAAAAUAGCUACUCUAUCUGUCUGCCUGGACGAUUUUGACCAAUCAAAUGUGAUGCCACAACUAGUUGCUGAUAAUCAGAUUGGUGAUCCUUUUUUGGUAAACAAUUCGGCUGAUGGAGAUGGAGAUUUUGAUGAAAUAUCUGGCUUUGGAUAUAUGAAAGAAAAUGAAUCAUUGAAGAAAAAGUCCAAGCAAGCCCUGAACAGCAAGGAACUGGAUCAGUUUGCAGGAAUGUAUAGCAUCAAAAUGGUUCUCAGUCAAAGUUUGCACAACACCAGCCAUCAUUCAUCUUUAAAGAGCUUUAGGAAAAGAAUGCAAAGUAAAAUCGGAAUGUCCGAGUCAUCUCACAGCCUAAACAAAAAGCCAAUGCUGGUUGAGCUGCACUCAUUUCCUGGUUACGACAGUGACGAAAUUACGCCACUGCCGUCCCCAAUCACCGCUUUAGAUAUUUUGAAGAUCGUUACGGCUGCACAGCUAGAUCUCGAAAGGAAACCAACCUUCAAAAGAGAAUUCACAAAGUUUUUUUAUUCCCGCCUAUCUCAAGCUAUACUUUGCGACACUUUUUGGUGGUAUUUUUGUGAAAAAUAUCAACAAACACCCGAGUCACAGGAAAAGCUGUUCAAUCGUGUUGCCCACAACUAUACAAAAUUGUUGAUAAGAUGGAUUGGCUCCAAGUAUCAGGGCACGAUAUUCAAUCGAUAUCCAGACAUAUUGGCCCAGUCAGUUUAUGCUACAUUCUGCCAAGCAUUUCCGACAUCGUAUCGCCAGUUUGAUGACAAGUUCAAAGAUGAUCUCAUUUUUCUUGUGCAGCAGUGGAUCACAGGUACUCGUCCAGCGCCAAGAGCUUUCGAGAAAUGGAACUUUGAAGGACUUGAGCCGAGUGACAUAAGAAAAGGAGAUAAGCAUCAUAUUGAUUCUUCUAAAAAAUCAAAACGAUCUGAUCUGGAACUGGAUUUAAAUGAGGACACUCUGGGCCUUUUAAGACUUUCAGAUUCAAAACAGAAAGCAGCAACAUCAUCACAAAUCAGUGGUCAAACUAGAAGCAGGCGGAUAAGCCGUGCUGCUCCGCUGCCGGCAUCGAAGCGUGGAAACCUACUUUUGCCGUCAAUCCAGGAGCCUGGUGAUAAAGAAGACGUCACAGUAUCACAUUCUGCAAUAAAAAUCUUGCAACAUUCAGAUGCUGAGAAUGAGCCUGAUCGAGCGACAGUCAGCGUCAUGCCAGCAGUUCGAUUGAUGCCAACAAUGAAAACAAAACGAGAGUCAUGCAAGGCUGGUAAAGGCCCUAGCUUUUCGAAAAAUGUCUUUGACAUUCACGGUCGCAGCCCUCUUAUUGAGCAAUUUCUGAUGUCCAACAAUCUGUCAAAUGAUGCUGGUGUUGGUGUUCUUGUUCGGAGAACUGAAAUUGCACGGCUUCCGUCACAAUCGGCUCUGACUUAUGAAGACAUUAUUAAAGAAUCACGGACAUUUGCCAGUAAACUAGAAAAGAAGUAUCGCAGCAUGAUUGAAGAGAAUGCCGCAGAAAGAGCAAAAACUCUUAAGAAGCAGAAGGAAUUGCAAAGAAGAUUGUCAAGGCGCACAGCAGAGCUUAUGGCAAGUCCAAACGAAGUCAAGCGAAUCAGCAAUUUGCUUAGAUUGCACUUACUGCGUGACCAAAACGAUGAUUAUGAUAGCUGGUCAGCGGAUAUCAAAGCAGAGCUCAGCAAAGCACUUGGUUAUGACGUCAUAGAAUGAAUAUCGGCCCAGUCUCUUUUGCCCAACAUUAUUGCUAAUUUUAAUAAUUAAUGUAUUUCAUAGAUGUUAGAAACACAGAGGACUAUUUCUUUACCAAAUAAAUAUCUAACGAGAGUGAUUUGACGUGAUAUAUUUUUCUAUCUGAUGAAGAAAUGUAUAUAAUAGAUGGAUGUUUGAUAUUUUUUCAAUGUAGAAGUUACUAAUUUAUACAAAUGAUUUAUCCUUACUUGA